AUGAAUUCGAAUGUUGAACUGAGUCUUGUUUUUAAGGUGAGUAAGGGGGUACUGUAGAAAAGUACUGUAGAUACAGUCACAUAUUUUCAGAUUGCUAUUAUCGCUGUGGGUGUGAUUCAUGUGAUUUUUGGUUUCACCGCGUUGGUUCAAGCCAUCAGGUAUGUUUAAGAAAUUAUGUACAAGAUCAUACUAAAUUUUGAAAAAUUUUGGGUAACAUUUUUCAAGCCUAUGCUAGUAGACUUACAGUUAUCGUAAUCUCGCAAGUAAGGAUAUCUUUAUAUGCGCCUUGAAAUACUAUACAAAAAUAUACUAUUUUCAUGAGGGCUUAGAUCUAGGUUUCAAAGCUAUCUUCAUGUAAACAAUUUCGAUGUUUUUUCAGAGAAGCUAUUGUGUUCGCAGAUACAAUGGACAAGCAUGACAAAUUGUAUCCAGGUGAUAAACGCAAGGGGUUUGGAAAAGAAGCGACAAUUGCUCCAGCCUUUUUCCUGCCAUUGGUAGCUGGUGCAGUUUGUAUUGUCUUCGCUUUUAUCUCAAGAUUUUUCAUCAUAUUUAUCAUAAUUGCUGCCGAAUUGUUCGCCGCCAUCUUGUAUAUUGUCGCUUUGGCUCGUAUUCAUGGGUUUUUCGGUAAUCACGGAACAUAUAUCGAUGGUCAAAUAAAAAAACCACCAAAAGAUUUUGCUGCGACUUUGAAGUCGCUCGACGCAGUUUUGAGUGGAAAUCUUGCCCUUGCUUACAUUGGAUUCUUUUUCACACUUGCAUCGCUCGGAUUGUCUGGAUAUCUCGCAUAUUAUUAUUGGCCUUGGGGUGAGGCUCGUGAUUCUGGUGGAAAUGAGUUGAAAUCCGAAAAGAAGAGUACUUGUGAAGUCCAAGAUGCUUGA